CGGGGCUCGCGGCCCAGAACCUCGUCAGCGUUGGCGCCAGCCUCGAGCACGUCCACGUCCCCGGACGGGCCCCGCCGAGUGCGGAGGACGCGGGCCACCUCAAGGUCGGUGAGGUUGAGAUCGGAAUGGGCAUCCACAACGAGCCCGGGUCGGGCAAGGAGAAGGUCGAGCUGCCGGAGCUGGUGGGCACGAUGCUGGCGCAGUUGCUGGAUCAGAACGACCAGGACCGGGCUUUCUUGAACGUCAAUUCGAACGAGGUCGUCCUGAUGGUGAACAAUCUCGGCGGCGUCAGCGUCCUCGAGAUGGGUGGCGUCACCGCCGAGGUCGUCUCGCAGCUGGAGAAGAGCUACGGCAUCCGCCCCGUCCGCAUCCUCAGUGGCACCUACAUGACGAGUCUGAAUGGGCUGGGAUUCAGCAUCACUCUGCUCAACGUCGUCAACACUGAAAUCGGCGGCCCUAGCAUGAUAGAUCUUCUGGACUAUCCCUGCGAAGCUACUGGCUGGAGUUCUCCUAUUUCCAAGCAAACCUGGGAAGCGAAGAAUACGGCAACGAGAGAGGAUAAGGCGACAUCCGGCGAUCAGAUCCGUUCCAGUGGACUGACGGCGGAUGCGAAAUCGUCUCAGGCAGCGUUGACAGCCGCUCUCAAGAGCGUUAUUUCGGUCGAGCCCGAUGUCACACGGUACGACACCGUUGUUGGCGAUGGCGACUGCGGUAUUGGCCUCAAGAGAGGCGCGGAAGCGAUACUGGAACAUCUGUCCACUACCCCGCUUUCGGGAGACGCCGUCGUUGACGUCGCCAACAUCGUGCCCGUUGUGGAGAGGUCAAUGGAUGGCACAUCAGGAGCACUAUACGCCAUCUUCCUGAACUCCCUCGUCCAUUCGCUCCGCACUCAGGGUUCAGGUGAGGCAUCACCCAAGAUCUGGGCCGCAGCGCUGAAGCAGAGCCUGGAGGCUCUGUCUAAGUACACACCCGCAAGACCGGGCGACCGCACACUCGUAGACGCCCUGCAUCCCUUCGUCGAGGUGCUUGGCAAGACUGGCGAUGUGAAGCAGGCGGCUGAGGCAUCUAAGGACGCCGCCGAGGGGACUAAGGGCAUGAAGGCGAGUCUCGGGAGGACGGUAUAUGUUGGUGGCUCCGGGUUCGAGGAAGUCCCAGAUCCCGGCGCCUGGGGCUUGGCCAGCUUCUUCCUUGGCCUGGCCGGCCUGAAAGCUGUGGAGUAAGGUCGUGAGAAAGGCUAAGUUGUUGAGGCAGGAUAGAUCUGUCGUACAUGUACUGUAUGCCUUGAGUGGCUCGCUUUAGCCAGGGAGGCAAGGUUAAGGUAGAAUAUCUCUAGGGUGGAAAACUGUUGGAUAUGAGAGAACAGCCUUUUGGGGUAUUUCAUCGUGUUCAUGUUCACCGAAAAAUAGAACCACCGUCAUUUCAACGCC